AUGCUUGAACUUCUAUCACAGUUGUAAAGUCGUUGAAUUGCAGCGUGCGCGUGUAGUAGACAGCAGUUGACCGUAGUGUGGAGUGUUUAUGAAAAGUUGAGAUACGAUGGAAGAAGAACUAUGUUGUCCGGCUUGUAAACAAUUUUACAGUAACCCAGUGUUACUACCGUGUCAUCAUUCUUUAUGUUUACUUUGCGCUAUACAUUUACAACAACCGGCCAACAAUCACAACACAACAUCGACCUUAAAUUCCGUACCAGAAAACGCUGAAAGUGUUACUUCUGGAAGUUCUGGAGACUAUCAGGAAAGCGACAAACUCUCGAUAUUAAGCGAAACAGAUAGUGGGGUAAUAUGUGCAUCUCGGCCUAACAGUUUUAUCGAAAAUAAUUUAACAGUAUCAAGUACUCUUAGUGUCACUUGUCCAGUGUGUCAUAAACUUGUUUAUUUUGAUGAAAAUGGUGUCCACAAUCUUCCUAAAUACCGAAUCAUGCAUAACAUUGUCGAAAAAUAUAGCGAACUCAAAAACUUAGCAUUAAAAUGUCAAAUGUGUGAAACCGAGCCGGCUAACGAUGCUACUGUUAUGUGUGAGCAAUGCGAAGUAAGGUAUUGCACUUCUUGUCGCGAAUCUUGCCAUCCUUCUAGGGGACCUCUAGCAAAACACGUUUUAUCGGACCCCAAGAAAGGUUUAAGCAAUUCUACUAAAGGUAAAACGGGAAAUUGUCCCGAACAUGUCGAAGAAACUCUUAAUAUGUUCUGUUCCGUGUGUAAGAUUUGUGUUUGUGCUCUCUGUUUACUAGACAGUAGGCACAUGUCUCACGAUGUACAACCAGCGACCGUCAUCUGUAAAAUACAAAAGACCGAUUUGUCUCACAACUUACAACAGUUAUCAGAGCGAGCUCGUGCGACUACUGAAUUUAUUCAGCAAUUGAAAGGACUUAACGAGGAGAUAGAGCACAACUGUGAUGAUUUCGAAAAUAUCAUAUCGGGACAAUGUCAAAUAUUAAUAGAAGCAAUUCACGAAAGGCGGAACAACUUGAUCGAAUUCAUCCGACAAGAGAAAGAAAUGAGGAAAGGAGUUUUGAAAGAUCAAGCGGCCACAUGUACUCAAAGGUUGCAACAUACUACGGCGUUGCUGCAAUUUUGUAUUGAGGCUUUGAAAGAAACGGAUAGUUCGUCGUUUUUACAGGUUGGUUCGAUGUUAAUCAAUCGAGUCAUGGAUACUGAUCAUUCAUGGCAAAAAGAAUGGUCAGUUCCACAAGUAUCACCGCAAUUUGAACUCACGCUAGAUGACGCGCCUGUUCUUACUGCCAUUAAACAACUGAAUUUCAUUCAGACCAAGCCUCCAGUGGCUCCUAUCAUUAUCCCAGAAGAAUGUAAUGCUGAAAAUAAUUCUGUUACAGUAGCUUGGCAACCUCCUAAUCUGAGUCACGUUGAAGGUUAUGUUUUGGAAUUGGAUGAUGGAAAUGGAGGGGACUUUAGAGAGGUUUAUUGCGGAAAUGAGACUAUAUGUACUGUGGAUGGAUUGCACUUCCGAAGUUUAUACAACGCAAGAGUUAAAGCUUUUAACAGUACCGGAGAAGGAGAAUACAGUGAACUCAUUGGGCUGCAAACUGCUGAUGUGGCAUGGUUUACAUUUGACCCCGUUCUCUCGGGUCCCGGCUUACAAUAUUCAGAAAACAAUACUAGAGUAACAGGAGAAGGCUGGGAGCACCGAAUCGCAUUAGGAAGCGUUGGAUUUAGUAGAGGACUGCACUAUUGGGAAUUUACUAUAGAAAAAUAUGAUACGGACACAGAUCCUUCUUUUGGCGUAGCAAGAAUCGACGUUACAAGGGAUAAGAUGCUAGGUAAAGAUGAUAAAGGAUGGGCUAUGUAUAUCGACAAUCAACGAUCUUGGUUUCAACAUGCGGGGGCACACGAACAAAGAGUAGAAGGAGGAAUACAAAUAGGUUCAACUGUUGGAGUUCUCCUUGAUCUGGAACAACAUACUUUAUCAUUCUACGUAAACGAAGAGCCACAAGGCAACAUUGCAUUCAGAGACUUAUACGGAGUAUUUUAUCCUGCAGUUAGCAUUAAUAGAGGUGUCAGCAUCACAGUACACACUUCAUUAGAGCCGCCUUCUGACUUAGAUGAAACACAAUAAGACUGAAUAGGCAUAUUUAAAUUUUACAUUGUGAGAAGAAUAGGGGGUUGGCCUAUUUGUAAAUGGUUGUUUUAAUAUAUUUUUUAUUAAUAUAUUUAAAUUAUACAUUUUUCUAUUAUAUGUGUGAAAUUUACAUCAAAUUUAAAAGUGGAAUAUUUUGAUCACUAUGAUAAAUAUAUUUAGCCAUCAACUAAAAAUGUAAUUUCGUACUAAUGCUGAAUUCUGAGUUUGAGCGUCACUUAUGGUCUCGUGCAUGUUACAAAUGUAACACAGCGUAAAUCAUUAAAACGCUAGAAAGAAAAAACUAUAUCAAGUAAUAAGUCCUGAUAGUAUCAAUAUAUUUACCAUUUGUUCAUUGUUUACUGUAUACAUGUAAUUUCAAAAAGCAUAAAUUAUUAUCAAUAAAGCAUAUUACUAAUAACAAUAUGUCAUUGAAUUUGAAAUUAGUGGAAAGCAAUUAAUUCACCUAGACGCAAUCUCAUAAAUCAAGCGAAAAAGAAUUUUAGCUGCUCUUUUUAUUUAACGAAGUAUAUUACAGAAAACAGACAAAACAAGUUUUCUUCAAAUUACGACAUGAGCAUGAUUUAUUUGAGACUAUAUUUUCUACUCUAUAAGUUCAUAUCAAGAUAAACUCAAAGAUUCAGAAUAUCAGUAAUUGGAUUUGAAAAUUGCUGAGUUUAGUAGGUUUCUGUAAAAAAAGCUAAACUAUGUUUAGUUUUGAGGAUUAAGGCUCUUUACACUUGAUACUACACCUACUUCAGAUGGCGUGCUGGCCUAAUUGUUAUUACAGUGGCUCGAAGGACAAUGUAUAAUUCUGCUAUAUGGACAGUUUAAACAGGAAGAAAUGUCCCAGUAAUCAGGUGCCGACACUAUACUAUUUUUUCUCUCGUACCAAAUAACUCGUGCAGAUUACUCCUUAGUUGGAACAGCUUUCUCUUAUAGAAACUGUCAAUAUAGAAGUAUUACAUAUGUGGUGGUAGAUAGGUUGCCAUAUUCAGUACCAGCUUAGGCGCCAAAUUCAAAUAGCGAGUUAAAUACAUUUGAAAUCAGAAGUGUAUAAAACCUACACCGAAAUAACUCAGAGUAGUUUUAACAAUAAAUAAGCCAAUUCUCGAGAGCUCAAAAGGUUUAAUUUUCUAACGUUCAUUUAAAAACGUGUGCCACAUCAAGCAGUCUUUGGCACAUGAAUUGUUUCAUCAGAAAAUUUUCUUAUUCAGUGAAUUUCGAGUAGUCUGAUAAAAUAAAAUAAUGAAAUGAUAAUUCGUGUGAAAACUAAUGAAUCAAAAUUUUUAUUUUUAUAAAAGUAAAUCACAAAUACAAUACUAAAAUAAUUGUAUGAAAAAUCAAAAGUAGUAUAAAGGUAAAUAAUUUAUUUUUAAAAUAAAAUCUAGAAGUAAAACUAAUAUUUUCUUUUUCAAUUAAUAAGUCACUAAAAUAAAUCACCUGUAUCAUCACUAGUUUGUAUUGAAAAUAUAGUAGGACGAGCGUUACUUUUCAAUUUUUUCUUAUUAUCUACUCUGACUUUCUCCCUUUGAUCACUAUAAAAAACAAGUCAUCAUAUUUUCAGGAGUCCAAUUAGGGUCUUUUCCACCAAGUUGAACACAAUUUAUUCUCCACAAACUAAUUCCAUUCUUAUUUUUACCUCCAGGAGCAUAACACUUUGACAUUUUUAACAAAUAUUUUAUGCUGACAGUAAAAUAUCAAUUUUUUACUCAAUCAAAUUUAUUUUCACACAAACACACACUUAUGAUCACAACACUGAUAGCCGAACCUACGUCUGUGUAAAUUAGGGUACUGAAUAUGGCGGAACCAAUCAAAAAGCGUCACACUGUCCUUCGACCCACUGUAUUUAUUAUGUGACCGUAUUUGAUGGUUGAAUGCAGCAUCGAGUAUAUCUCCCUUUUUUAACCAGAAUAUCAAAUAUCUUAAGAAGAUUGCCCUAGUACAAAGAGUUUUUUUCACAUUAUGCAUCUUGCAAUCACCUACUAGCUGCCUUUCUGUUUACGAAAAAUAAAUAAAUAAAAAUAGCCAGAUCGUUAGAUUUACUUCAUAAGACGAAGAAGUUCAUUACAUAAGUACUGCACUCAAUUAGCCGAUCUGAAUAACAUUUUGUUGGUUGUUGAUGCAAAAGGAAAUACAUGUUUCUCCAGAAUUACAACUUCAGUGCGGUAUCUUGCAAGAAUCAGUUGAGUUCCAUCUGCUCAUGCUUUGAAUCAAGAUAUGUUAUAUUUUGUAUUGCAUGUUGUGUUUCUCCAUGUCAAGGGGUCUUAAUCAACGGAGUUACCCUCUAUUUAACUUGAAUAUAUUAUAGUCUGUCCUAAAAGAAGCAUUUUAAGAAACCCAAUUCAUAUAACUGUAAAUCGCUAAAAAAAUUGUUUUUAUAUUCUGAACCAUGACAUAAAAUACUAAUCAAAAUUAAAUUAUAUAGUUUUCUGGAUCAUUUUCAAAUUCAAAUUCCAAUUCGUCUUAACAAAACUGUUUUUAUAUUUUAAUAAAAUAAUAAAUCAAAAAAGGUAAGAGAUAAUAAAAAUAAUAUGUAUACAUUUAUGGGACCAUUAAUCAAAAUUGAUGAUGAAAACCAGAUCUAUCAGCAAUCUGGAGAAUUGCUAAGUUAAAUUCAAAUCCCACCUCCUAUACUCUGCUUCCAAACUUCCUCUUCUUCUCAUGCCGUCUUCUUAUCUAAGGCGACCACGUGUUUAAAUGUGUCUCUGUUCCUCGCAACAGAAAACAAUUCUCCGACGCUGAGAUUUGUCCAUUCUCUUAUGUUACAGAACCAGGAUUUUUUCUUCCUGUAAAUGCCUUUUGUUCCCUCUACUCUGUCCUGCAUUAUGUUUUGUAGCAGUAGGUAUUUGUCGUUGCGAAAGAUGUGUCAUAUGUAAGAUGUUUUUCUUAUCUUAAUAAUUGUCAACAGCUUCUUCUUCUCCGUUUACAAACUGGAAAGGAUUUAUUUAUCAAUUCGGUAGUUUCCUUACAUAAUAAAAAUUCAUUGUCGAUUUUGUUAUAUCGUGUUUAUUAAUUCUAUUAUUCAGUUUGUGGCUCUAUAGUCGUAUACUCCUCCUAUUAUAAAACAGUUUAUUUCAAUUCCAAAAGCAGAGUACAGCAUUGAAUUUAUUAAUUUUCAUAAUUAUAUAAAUCUUCUGAAUUUGCACGAAAUGCACCAUCUAUAUGGUAUCUAUAUGUAAUAAAAUAAAUGGAAAAUAAAGGAUUUGUUCAAAUUGCAUUGGAUAUAAAAUAAAAUUUAUAGAAAACUGCCAUAGCUACAUGUAACAAUGUACGAGUUGUAGAUUAGGAUAGGAUGUUUGCCUAUAAUCAACUUCUAUUUGUAAUAAUGUAAACCCUAUGUGGUAAAAUUAUACUAACAGCUAAUUAAAUAACUGAUUGUUACACUAAAUUCUAUUAAUCAAUCUUUACAUUCACAUGAAUUAUUUUCUACUACUUCUCACAAAAUCAUCGUUGUCAUGUGAAAAAUACGAUCUUGAAUUAUAUGUGUGUCAAUCUAAUUCCUAUUGAUUUAUAUAAAAUUCAAAAUGUGAUUUGAUUCGAUUCCACUAUCAACUGCCUUACACCCCUAUUCUGCUCGUAUUUUAGACUUUUUAACACAUGGUUCUACAUGUUAACUUAUACACUUUACUUAAUAGGUUGGAAGAUUUGUUAUAAAUAUCUUAUAUUUGAAUUAUAUCUUAUAUCAACAUUAUUACAUUGAUUAAACUUAUUUAUCAGUAUACUCAAA